GUGAUUUAGAACAACUUUUUUAGAAAAUAAAUCAGUCAAAACCUUUUUCAUUUUAAAAAAUUAAUAAUGAAUUCUGACAAAACUCUACGUCAAAAAUAAAGCCAAAGUAACGUCGUGUAAACGGAACUAUAUCUUUUGUGCGAUUCACAAAACAGAUCAUAAUCGGAAAGCUAUUUUAUACUGCAAUGAAUAUUGAGCUACGGCUGUGAUCUUUUUUUUUUGCACUUUGUUUACAAUUUUUGAUUACUUUCUUUGAUUGCAGAGCGUGUGGUUUUUAUUUUUAAAAUGGAUAAAUACGAUGAUAAUGAAGUCAAUAAUUUUAAUGGAAGUGAGGAAUGUUUGGAAGAAUUCGGAUUAAGUUUUAAUGAAGACGACGAUGAAGACGAUGACGAUGAUCUUUCAGAAGAGAGAGUGGAAGCGUGGCUUGAUGCUAACGAAGAUUUUGCUGCCUCUUAUUUUUCUAGAAAAGCUCAAAAAUUAAUGCUAGAUAAAUUUAUGCCUAGAAGCAGUAGGCAAUCUACACAAAGUAGGACAUCUUCUCCUUUACCUGGGUCAUUUUUGAUGCAAAAUGCUACUUCAUCAACUAAUUUAGCUUCAGGAACUAUCACUCCUGCUCGAAAAAUUUCAUCUGUAGAUUUUGAAAAAGGUUUUUUAAAGCCCAUACUAAGUCAUGUUGAUGGAGUUCCUAGAUUUAUAAGUCUUGAAAGAUCUAUAUCCCGGCCUUUACGCCAGCGGAAAUCUAAAGAGGAACUUAAAGAACUAAAAAUAUUAGAUGAACAAGCUUUACUUAUGGAGCUUGUUAAAGACAUUGCUAAUGAUUUAGAAAUUAAUAGCCUAUGUCAUAAAAUUUUACAAAAUGUCAGCAUACUUACUGAUGGAGAUAGAUGUUCCAUUUUUCUUGUUCAAGACUAUGGUCAUGGACCAAAACUACUAGUUUCUCAAGUUUAUGAUGUAAAUGCUGAUUCUUGCGUUGAAGAAAUAAAAGCAAAAAAAGAAAUAAUUGUUCCAUGGGGUACAGGUAUUGUUGGUCAUGUAGCAAAGUAUGGAGAAACACUUAACAUUCCAGAUGCAUAUGCUGAUCCACGAUUUAAUCAAGAAGUUGAUAAGCAAUUAGGUUAUCACACUCGAAGUAUAUUAUGCAUGCCUAUUAUCUCAACUGUUGAAGACAAUGAAAAGAUUAUAGCAGUAGCACAAGUCAUCAAUAAAAGUGGUGUACGAAGCAGUCAUGUGUUUACUGAAGAAGAUGAAAAGAUUUUCCAAAAAUAUUUGGUAUUUUGUGGACUAGGUAUCUCAAAUGCUCAAUUGUUUGAACAGUUUCAAGUUGAAAUGAAAAGAAACUUAGUACUUCUUGAUCUUGCAAGAGUCAUAUUUGAGGAACAGAGCACACUUCAUGAUGUUGUACAUAAGAUUAUGUUAAACACACAGUCAUUACUUCAAUGUGAACGUUGUUCAGUUCUUCUUGUUGAUCCUUCUUCCAAGUCAUUAUUUUCACAAGCAUUUGAUUUGGAAGCUAAAGACUAUAUUGAUGAAGAUGGUGAACUGAGAAGAAAACAAUCAUGUGGUUUAUCAGAGGUUCGCUUUCCAAUUAACAUUGGUAUCACUGGAUAUGUUGCGUCAACAGGAGAGACUUUAAAUAUACCAGAUGCAUAUGCUGAUCCAAGGUUUGAUCCCUCUGUAGAUGGUGGGUCAGAUUUUAAAACUAAAACUAUUCUUUGCAUGUCUAUAAAAAACAGCAAAGGUGAAAUUAUUGGAGUUGUCCAGCUGCUCAAUAAAAUGGAUGGAAAACCAUUUAACCAAAAUGAUGAAAGUUUAUUUGAGGCAUUUGCAAUUUUUUGUGGGAUGGCAAUUCACAAUACUUCAAUAUAUGAAGAGUGUUUACGAGCAAUGGCAAGACAAAAAAUUGCCUUAGAUAUUUUGUCAUAUCAUGCCACUGCUACUGAUGUUGAAGGAACAAGUCUCAUGAAAGAAAUUGUUCCUUCAUCAAAAACAUUUCGUCUUCGUGAGCUUACAUUUGAUGAUGCAGCAUUAUCUGAUAAAGAAACAUGUUUAGCUGUGCUUCGAAUGUUUCAAGAUUUAAGAUUGAUAACCCGUUUUAAAAUUGAUUACCAGGUACUUUGCAAUUGGAUUUUAUCCGUUAAAAAAAAUUAUAGAAAAGUCAUCUACCACAACUGGAGGCAUGCAUUUAAUGUAACUCAGACAAUGUUUCUUAUGCUUAAGGAAAAUUCUGAUUUCAAAUGUAACUUUUCUGAUGAAGAGAAAUUAGCCUUACUAGUAGGAUGCUUAUGUCAUGAUUUGGAUCAUAGAGGCACUAACAAUAAUUUUCAAGUUAAAAGUGCAUCACCUCUAUCUCAACUUUAUGGAACAUCUGUGAUGGAACACCACCACUUUGAUCACUGUAUAAUGAUUUUGCAUAGUUCUGGUAAUGAAAUCUUCAAUAAACUUCUGCCAGAUGAAUAUAAUACUGUCAUCAAUUUACUAGAACAUGCUAUUUUGUCAACAGACCUUGCACUUUAUUUCAGCAAGCGCCAGGAAUACUUUGAUUUAGUGAAAAAUUCAACAUUUAAUUGGAAUGCUGAAUCAAAUCGAUCAUUAAUACGAUCCAUGAUAAUGACAGCUUGUGAUGUUUCUGCAAUAUGCAAACCGUGGCCAAUUCAACAAAGAGUAGCACAUCUUGUUGCAGAAGAAUUUUUUCAACAAGGCGAUCUUGAACAAAAGGAAUUAAACCAGACACCAAUUGAAAUGAUGGAUCGUGCUAAAAAAGAUAAACUCCCAAAAAUGCAAGUUGGUUUUGUAGAUGGCAUUUGCUUGCCAAUAUAUACUCACUUGGCAAUGCAUUAUACAAAAUUCAAAUCGUUUUUAAUGGCUUGUGUAAAUAACAAACAACAUUGGAUGCAGUUAGAUGCAGAGUAUGAAGCAAGAUGCGCUGCAAAAGCAAAAGAGUUAGAGAUUGUCGAAGAGAGUAAAAGUUAGUUAAGUAUGAGAGAGCACCCAUUUAAUAUCAAACUUCGAAAGACAAGAUGAUUUAUUUAUGCUAUUUAUGAGAAGACACCUUUCGUUGAAAUGGUGCAAUUACAUCACCGAGGAUGAAAUCCUUCCUUGAUUUUUAUUUGCUUUUAGAAAUCAAUGUGACAAAUACGUUGGAGCGUUUCAUUCAGUAAUCAAAUCGUUAGUCAGUAAACAAAAUUUGUUUAGAUUGGCACUAUAUGUGAUUAUGAUUGUAACUACAUAUGGCUUUGUGUGGGUGUGAUUAGCACCACCCCACACUUUGUGGGAGUGGCACUACAUUGAGUUGUGUGUGGCUGUGGUUGUCAUUACAUGUGACUGAAUUUUUUUAACCUGUUUUUAACUUAGUUUGUAAAUAUCUUAUGUAUAUAUGUAUCGUUUUUAGUGUA